AUGACUUCAGUAAUGAGAAUACUCUCAUACGGAGUGGCAGCAGAUGUAGUUGAUGAUUAUGUGCGAAUUGGGAAAAACAUGACAAUUGAAAGUUUGAAAUACUUUUGCAAUUCAAUAAUCAAAAUCUUUGGACCCAAAUACCUUAGAUCUGUAGCAACAACUGAUAUUGCUAGAUUACUUGCUAUUGGGAGGUUCUUGGGUUUCAGGUAUGCUGGGAAGUUUAGAUUGUAUGCAUUGGGGGUGGAAAAAUUAUCCAACGGCAUGGCAAGGUCAAUGCGUAGGCCAUCAGAAAAAGCCAACAUCAUUCUUAAAGCAGUAGUUUCUUAUGACUUGUGGAUUUGGCAUUCAUUUUUUGGAAUGUCUGGAUCACAUAAUGACUUGAAUGUCUUGGAUAGGUCACCCUUAUUUUCUGAUCUUGCCCAAGGUAAAGCGCCACAUGUCCAUUACACUCUUAAUGGACACACUUAUAAUAUGGAUUAUUACCUUGCUGAUGGUAUGUACCCACAAUGGGCAACACUGGUUCAGACAAUAUCUUCACUCCAAGGAGCAAAGAAGUAA